CCAACUGGCAUCGUUAAUUUGCAGAAGUGAGCUUUUAUUUGCGAGAAAUUGGUGGUUGAAGUAAUUGUUUACAAAAGCAAUUUCGCCCUAAUGAAAUAUUUGCACCGAAUUUGUUCGUUUCCUUCUACCUGCCCGAGCGAGAUUUAUUACAAAGGUCGUUUAUCAUGAAAAAAGGGAAGAAGAUUAUAUCAUUAUUGCUUUCCAUUACAGACAUGCGUUAACGUUGGCUCGUUUAUCGCUUGUCAUUUUGUCAUUUUGAGAUAUUUUUACAACGAACCACUGCAACUGCCGAACCACGGAAUCAAAGCUGUUAAAUAUCUCAGCCAAAAUGGUUGAAUGUGGAAUUUGUCUUGAGCACUACCAGGAGGGUGAUUUGGAGCUGCAUCGGGAGAUGUGCGUCGUACGGUUGAUGUUCCGAUGCUCCCUAUGUGACGAGGACUAUGUGAGCAAGGAAGGGCUGUGGAACCAUCUGGACCUGCAUGAGAUUGCAGAUGAAGGUAAAGAAUUGCACUAUCAGGAAAUAAAAGCAAAACACAAAUUGCAUCAAUGCGUUCUGUGCAAUGACCAACGUGCCUAUUCGGAGAGUCCCUACUGGAAGCACGUUCAUGACGUUCACGAUGGCUUCUUUCUACGGUGUUUUGAUUGUGGGGUAAACUUCCGAUCCGAAUCGCUUAAGAAUGAUCAUGCCUUGAGUCAUUGUAAGGCCAGGGAUAAAACAGUAACUGCGGACUAUAAUGCCCUGGAAGAGGAACAAGUUCCUAUUGAAGUGGAAAAUAUGACUUCUGAUGCUGAUAAUUUGAAGCUAUCGCGGGGAGAGCAGAGUAGUAAUGCAAAUGAAGAACUUCAUAAUCGAUUGAGUGAGCAUUCGCGUGUUAAUUUGAAUACUGACAACGAUGCGGACAAGGAAUCCGAAUCCGACAAGGAUUUGCAGUCAGAUAUUGCUUGCGAUAUUUGCGGAAUGACAUUUUUAACAAAACACUUGCGUCUUUGUCAUAAGAGGGCAAAAUACGCGUGUAUGUUAGCAAUGCAGCAAAAAUGUCCCUAUUGCCGGAGAGUAUUCAAGAUAAAAGAAUAUCAAGCACACUUUCCAUUAUGUCCAAUGAAGACCAAAACUUCAGCGAACCUUGCGAGAUAUAUGACAAUUGGUCAUCGUCGUAAAGGAGUUUUACUGGACGAGAAGGAAUGCCAAAAUCAAGUUACGGAUAUUAUGGAAAAAACGAUAAAUUCAGCUGAAAAAACAACUACGCGUUCUGGCCAUGAAAUCUUAGUCGCCAGUUUGGAUUCAUCCUCUACCCCGAAUGUUGUUGAAGGUACUGAGGUCGAGAAUACCCCAAGUAGAUCAUCCGAAGCCCUGUCUGUCAUAAAGUGUGUUCACUGUGACAGAGAGUGUGACAGUGAAAGUAUUUUACAUAAUCACAUGUUACAGUCUCAUCUGCCCACCAAGUGUAAAAUUUGCGGCAUCAUUUCUGAAGGCGUUGGCAGAGCCCGAUAUCAUAAGAGAAUGCAACACACUAAACGGAACUACGAGUGUGCUAAAUGCUCGAGGAAAUUUCUCUACCUACAUCUUUUAAAGCGUCAUUCGAAAGGGUGUCAUGCUGUUCAGGAUGACUUCUCGAGUCAGAAGAGUUCUGGUGAACUUAUCCUGAAAGAUCCCCCCAGGAGUGACCAAAAAAUGGUGGUAGAGAAUUCUUCGAAUGAAACAUCCUCUAUCAAAUGUUCCCACUGUGGAAUAGGAGAGUCCAGUGCCGAUACCCUAGCUCGUCACAUUUUAAUCCACCAUGAGCCAGUGGCAUGUGAUCUCUGUGGAAUUACUUGGCCCAGUCUUUCCCAGGCUCAGCAUCAUAAGAAAACGAAGCACAAGGAAUCGAAGCAAAAAUGCCCACAUUGUUCGAUGCAGUUUUGCAGGAGAGAUAAGAUUGAAAAACAUGUAACUAAAUGUACGAGUACGAAAACUCCUUGCGAGUUUUGUGGUAAAUUGUUUAAAGAUGUAAAAGCUGUCAAACAACAUUGGAGCAACUUUUGUCGUCCAUAUGCAAGGAGCAAGAAGGAAAAGCAGGCGAAAACCAAAACGAGCCUAUGCGAUGAAAGUGAUUCUUGUUCCGUAGGGGAGAAAAUUUCACCGCCUAUCGUUGAAAACGGCUUAUCCAAAACCAAAUGUUACUACUGCAACGAAGAGUUGUCCAGUCCAGGGUAUUUGAUUCAUCACUUGCAAAUUGUCCAUGAGCUGACGAAAUGUGAUAUCUGCGGAAUAACUAUUCUUGGUAUAUCAGAAAUCAAAAAUCAUAAGAUGAAAUGCCACACAGAACCGAAAUAUAAAUGCCCAAUUUGUGGGAAAAAAAUUCAGAGCAAAAUAGAAUAUACAAAACAUUGUUUUGUGUGUAAGCAUAAGCUGUAUCCACGUAACUUAAGUGGUAACACGUUGGAACAAUUCAGCUCACCCAAAGAUCACAAUAACGGAGAUCAGAGCAGUGUGGAAAAUUUUAAAACCGCCCAAGAUCAAAAACAAGCCCCGAACAAUGGUCUGCAAAUGGAAAUCACAUCAGAGGACACUACGAUAUCGGCACGUGAUGACCAAGGACAAUCAACGGUUAAUCCAUCCUCCAAAGUUGAUGUUUCACAUUCUCGAUUGAAUGAGCACUCUUUAGAUAACUUGUACGAAGAUCACUUCAUGGAUGUCGAAGAGAACGAGAAAAUGCCAUAUUCGUGCAAAAUCUGUAGUAUUACUAUGUCUACCUAUUACCAGUUCUAUUAUCAUAAGCUGACUAAACACUCUAAAGAAAGGUUCCAAUGCCCUUAUUGUACGAUGAAAUUUCACAUUAGAUAUCGUUUUCAAAACCAUGUGGCAAGUUGUCCACGUUUAAGAUAUUCAUGUGAAUUGUGUGGUCAAAAGUUCAACGGCGUAAGCAGAGUAGAGGACCACAAGAAACGAGAUCAUCAUGGGGACAGGCCUAUGAGAAAUGCGAAUAUGGAAGGUGCAAAUUGCACUGAAGAGCAAAAGCAACGCAGUGUCGAGAAGAUAGAUGAGAUGACUAUUUGCAUCAUUUGCAGAAGCACGUUCGCCAGUACUGAUGACCUAAUGAAACAUAAGCUAACCUGUCCGAAGCACGCAAAAGAGCACGACGAUUCUCAGUUCGAGGCAGAGGAAAUCUCACUGCUCCGUGAUGUAAAGCAAGCUGGAACUAAUUCCACGAUUGUUCCGCAUGGUGCCACUAUUGAACUCAAACUGGACAUUAAAGUAGAGGAUACAAUGCUGCAGGAACAGAAAUAUCAAGUUCCAAAUAAUGACCCAGGCAGAGCAUUCGCCACCACAUUGUUUCACAUACAGCAUCCGCAGGGUGGUAAAUCGAAGGAAGUUGGAGCUGAAGAUGCUGAAGGUCUUAACAAUGGAAUCAAAGUCAAAGAAGAAUUCCUAGAAGAUGAAGAUAUUAUUCUAACUGAACAUCAGACUGCAUCGGAAUCUUCGGAAUGUCAUGAAAUUCCCAGCGAUCGGAACGAGUCCCUUGUGCGCCAUGAAGCUGCUGUUAAGAUCUAUUGGUGCUCAAUUUGUGGACUAUCCUUUGGCAACGCAAAUAAAAAGAGUUAUCACACGAUCGCAUGUCAUUCUGAGCCACGAUAUAAAUGUUCUGUUUGUCGAAAGAUGUUUCAUUUCGCUAACUUUCUACGUCGCCAUGAGAAAAGCUGCUCAGAACUGCGGUGCAACAAAUGUGGUAUCAAGUUUCAUAAACGUUGUCUGUUACAUAAGCAUAAUAUUGAGAAGCAUCUGGAUGAUGGUAAUCCGAAGGACGUCGAAGCAUCUGGAGAAUAGUAAAACGGAAUCUGCGGAAUGUCAUGGAGUUCCUAGCGAUCGAAACGAGUCCCUUGUGCGUCAUGAAGUCAUGGAUGUCCAUUCAAAGCUAGCCAAGAGAAAAACUCAUUCAAAACGCAAAAAGUAAUUUUCGGAUUGUAUCGAACCCCGUAGAUCAAAGAUAAUAAGACUGACUAGACGUUUGUUACCUGAAACAUGUUUACUAAAUGUAUUUCAUGUGUAGAAUGCAUCAAUGUUCAUCCUCAGGUUCAUCUUGCCAUUUUGAUAUGCACAAAUUUGACAUAAGUCCGGAAUAAUUCGAAAUUUGGGCGUAAUUGCUUUUGUAAAUAAUGGCUUCAAUCACCGAUUUCUCGCGAACAAAAGCUCGAUUUAGCAAACAAAGUAUACCAAGUGCUAGAAGAUUCUCUGCCGUACCUGAUAGCGUUGUUAUUUUGCGAGAUGGAACUAAUGACGAGUGAUGAUCCUAUUUUAUCAACCCCGUUUUUAAAAGUCUAUUAUAAUGUUCUACGAAACCCAUGUGCUUCUGCAGUGGUCUUAUUGCAAUAAAGUAUACCUCAAACAUCCAUCUUGAACUUCAAUGCGAAAGAUUUGGAAUUACGGUUAUGUGAAAUUAUUGGAAGAUUAAAGUCUCAUGCGCGAAGGGGCAGAUAAAAUCGGGUCAUAACUGUGUUCGCGUUAAGUUGGUUAUUGAAGUCAUUGCUUACAAAUACAGUUACACUCAAAUCUCAUGAACUGAUGGAAGUGUCAUAUAACUGAAACUUCUUUCAGUUAGUAGACUUUCAAUUGAAAGUCUUUCGGUAAACG